AUGCAGCACGAACGACAGACCAUCCCGGAUCCUGUGCCUGUGCACCUAUACAAAGCUGGGAGAAAGGCCCGAAUUCCCCUUUCAUGUGACCCUUGCCGUUCCAGAAAGUGUGUAGCUCAACGACCCCGACUCGCGAUGAACGGACGAGCUGCAAGUAUCGAGGCUCUAGAAACACACACGGCACCGAUAGCCCAUGAUCAGAAUAACCAUGAAGAUUUAAUGCAGCACCGGAUAGAGCACCUGGAAGAUUUAGUAAAGAGAAUCAUAGCUCAGGGCCAGAUCGGUCUGCCCACAAAUAUCAACAAGCUGAAACAGACCUGGUCCCAAAGUCAAGAUGACCAGACAAAUCAUGGCCCCCUAUCAUACACGGAGGCUGAUGGAUCCAGCUUGCUCUUUGGCCAAGUCAAACAAAUAGAGAGAGCAGAAGUAUUGGCGACUUUGCCGUCAAAGCUUGAAGUCGAUGAGUUGAUUAGGCAGUUCUUCGAUUAUACGACCUUCCCUCUAUCAGUUCCUCGCCUGCUCUUCUCAAUCCUCGGCAUUGUUAUGCUGUCUUACCAUCAAUGGGAAGAGCCACCAGAGUACGAAGGAGUCUCAGAGUCGCUAUUCCAGCUCUACCGGCUCCGCACAGUCCAGUGUCUCCUCAUUGGUGAUAUUGCUAAAUGCCUACCAUACACAAUCGAAACGCUACGAUUUAACGCAACCGCCGAACUUAAUCGACAAGAUGAUAAUAGCCGCAAUCUAUGGAUUGUGGCAGGAGUAAUAGUUCGGGCCGCGAUAAACAUGGGCUAUCACCGCGAUCCUUCUCAAUUGACCUCCCUUUCUGUUUUGCAAGCAGAGUAUCGACGCCGAGUUUGGAAUGCAGUAAUGCAGAUGGACGACUUGGCCUCGUUCCUAGCUGGCUUCCCCUGUAUGAUGGGAAAUAUCUACUCUGAUACGAGAGAACCACGCAAUAUUCACGACUGGGAAUUAUCUGAAGAGACAACAGUUCUCCCACCUUCGAGACCCUUAAGCGAGUGUACGCCGGUGACCUAUAUAAUUGUCAAGGGAUGUAUAGCUCAUGCUGUUGGCCGCAUCACCGAUUUCAACAAUCUUCCAGGUGAAGGUUCCUAUGAUACUGUACUGAACAUUGACAAAUCCUUGUGUGAAGCAUAUCAGAACAUGCCCUCACACAUGAAGGUUUUUCAAGGCAAGCGAGACUUGAGUUCAUUAAAUCGUCAAUCCGGAAUAUCCGGCGUGCAGCUCGAAUCCCUGUACCACAAAGGAAUUUGUACUCUGCAAAAAUUUAUCGCGAAAGCUAGGUUGGAUCCUCAAUACAAACUUUCUCGCGAGCGAUGCCUCUCCUCAGCCUUGGCAAUUCUAGAUUAUCAGCAUCUGUUAGAUUCAUCCUGGUAUAAGUUUUCAGGAGUCAGGCAGAUGCUCGCUUUCGCCGCUAUGAUAUUGUUUCUCGAGUUGGAACACGGACGCAAGGGCCCGGAUCUUAAACCACCAUAUGAUUGUGCGGUUCUUUUGCAUGCGUUGGAGACAUCUUGCGCCCUUUGGAGUAAUGCGAAAGGGUCUUGUGAGCAGGCCCAUGCGGUAUAUCAGAUUCUAUCUGGUAUACUUUCGAGCUUUCAAACUUCGACGGGGAGUAGCUAUUCUCAGAAAACAAACGGAAGUCCCGAUUCGACGUUUGAAAUGUCAGGACAGAGUUCGCACUUUCAACCACUUGAUCGUGGUAUGUCCAUGGAGAAGGAUAUGUUCCGGAUGUUGAAUGGUGAAAUGGAUAUUGAUUGGGUUGGUGUCUCCCGUCUGUAUGUGCGAAAGUAUUUAUAUACUAAUCCAGGUACAGGCUACAUGGGAUGUGUUCAUCGAAAAAGCAAAUUUUGA